GGAGUCUGCCCGCACUCCGGCCUGCUGCAGCGCCCCGCCUUGCACCAGACAUUCCCCUUACCCCGGCAACUUCUAAAUGUCACCCACCUUUACUGGACUUGGUGUUGAAGCUUCACAGCAUCUGCUUCUCACCCUGUUUGGUGGUGCAAAACUGGACAUUUUUCCCAUGGAAUGUAAAGGACCAAACCUGAAGAACUGCCAUUCCACCAUGGAAGACUUUGCCAUCCUCAAAGUGAUUGGUGAGGGCUCCUUUGGUAGGGCUCUUUUAGUUCGGCAAGAAAGCAGCAACCAGACAUAUGCCAUGAAGGAAAUAAGACUUCCCAAGUCUCUCUCUGAUAUACAGAACUCUAGGAAAGAAGCAAUUCUGUUGGCUAAGAUGAAACACCCCAAUAUUGUUACCUUUAAAGAAUCUUUUGAGGCUGAUGGGCACUUGUAUAUCGUGAUGGAAUAUUGUGAUGAAGGUGACUUAAUGCAGAAGAUCAAACAACAAAAAGGAAAGUUAUUUCCUGAAGACACAAUACUUCACUGGUUUGCACAAAUGUGUUUGGGUGUGAAUCAUAUUCAUAACAAGCGUGUGUUGCACAGAGAUAUCAAAUCUAAGAAUGUCUUCCUCACUCAAAAGGGAAAAGUGAAAUUAGGAGAUUUUGGAUCUGCCCGGCUUCUCUCCAGUCCUAUGGCGUUUGCUUGUACCUACGUGGGAACGCCUUAUUAUGUGCCUCCGGAAGUAUGGGAGAAUAUGCCCUACAACAAUAAAAGUGAUAUAUGGUCCCUGGGAUGCAUUUUGUAUGAGCUCUGUACCCUUAAACAUCCAUUUCAGGCCAAUAGUUGGAAAACUCUCAUCCUCAAGAUAUGCAAAGGAUCCUACAGUCCUCUUCCAACUCAUUACUCUUAUGAGCUUCACUAUUUAAUAAAGCAGAUGUUUAAGAGAAAUCCCACAUACCGCCCUUCAGUCACCUCAAUUCUCUCCAGAGGCUCUUUAACAAAGCUUAUCCAGAAGUGUUUACCACCAGAGAUAAUUGCCGAGUAUGGUGAACAGGUGAUAGAGGAAACCCGGAACCCUAAAGCCGAUACGCCAAGAAAAAAGGCCGGUCCUGUCCGAACAGGUGUGCUUCCUGGAAAUGAAGCCAGCAGUAUGACAGGGGAAGAACAAGGAAGAAAGUGCAGCCGUACAGAUUUAGAAAACAUUAACAAGAAUUUGACUGAAAAUGCUCUGAAACGAAUAACUGGUGCAGAAAAAGAAAAUAGGAUAGGCCAUCCGAAGAGAGAGAAUUCAUCCAGUCCUCACAGGCGACAGUGGGAGAAGGGAAUUUCCAAUACAGCAGUAAAUGCCUUGGAAAAUGCUUCCAUUCUUUCCUCCAGUGUAGCUGGGGAGGAAGAAAGAGGUGGCUCUGUAAUAAAGUACAGUGAGAAUAAUGCACGGAAGCAGUGGCUGAAAGAAUCUCCAGAAACCUUGCUGAACGUUCUCAAGAAUGCCGAUCUUAGCUUGGCAUUUCAAACCUAUACAAUAUACAAAUCAGACUCUGAAGCCUUCUUGAGAGGACCCCUUUCUGAAGGCGCUGAAGCCUCCGACUGUGUAGAUGGAGAUCAUGAGGAAGUUGCCUUAGAUCCCGAGAGACUUGAACCUAGAUUGGAUGAAGAGGACACGGACUUUGAAGAAGAAGAUGAUGAUCCAGAUUGGGUGUCAGAACUCAAGAGGAGAGCCAACCUGCAGUCUGAAAUAAAUUACUCCUAAUCGUAUUAGGCAGAAUUGUCAAGUUAAGUAAUCAGGCCUGAGAAAAUGAUUAGUUCUCAUUGUGUAUGUUCACUUUGUCAAACGGACAAGAGAGGAAAAGCUGUGAAGGUUACGGAGUCCCAUCCAGAUAAGUAUUGCUUGAAAAAUAAAUCUAAAACCUCACUGGG